GACAGCACAUACAGUCUAUUAUAUUCAUAAAAAGUUCAAUAUAAAAAAAAUUUAGUAAAAAUGGAAUUUCCAGUAGUAUUCGAUGAAGAGGAGAAAAUAUGGUCUGGUCUAAAACGUAAAAGAAUUUUUAAUUCAAGCACAUCGGUUGGGGAGAUAGCACUUUAUAUGAUGCGAAGUAAACCACCAACUGCGCCAUGUCAAAUAUCAGAUUCUGAACACACAACGUUGACCUUUGAGUCUGCCAGUACGUAUGCCGUACGUAUAGCACAACAUUUCAAGACACUAGAACUGAGUCAGGACGAUGUUGUGAGUAUAGUGGCAACUAAUACAACGUUUCUAAUGCCUGUUAUAGUCGCUUGUUGGUUAAAUUGUACACCAUUUCAGGCAAUCUAUCCGCUACAUGCAGAAAAUAUUGUUCAUCAUCUUUUAAAUAUAACAAAGCCAAAAAUAAUUUUUUGCGAUGGUUUAUAUUAUGAAAAAGUUAAAAAUUGUGAAUCUGCAUUGAAUGCAAAAAUAUUCACACUCUGCAAUCAUUUAACUGACGUACCAAAAGUGGAAGAUUUAUUAGAACCCACAAUGACGGAACACUUCUUUCAACCAGCUACAUUAAAGUAUGGACCUGAUCAGACAAUGGGACUAUUUUGUUCAUCUGGUACCACUGGUCUUCCAAAAGCUGUUUGUAUAUCAAACGAUCAAAUGUUGAAAACCCAUGGUUUCACUAACGGCACUACAGUUAUGUUUUCAUUCUCCACACCAGACUGGACAACAGGACUCUUUAGUGUCCUCUAUAAUACAUUAACUGGUGGCAUACGCAUAAUUACAACGAAACCAUAUUCUCCAGAAUAUUUGAUGGAAAUUAUUAUUAAGUAUGAAGUCAACUUUGUGGGGAUUGGCGCAUUUCAAGCAACUGAAAUAUCGAUUUUGCCUAAUUUCACUAAAGAAAAUUUAAAAAGCCUUCGAUUUAUAUUUAUGGCAGGUGGACACUGCCCAAUAUCUACAUUGGAACGUGUACGUGCCCAACUAACUCAUGGAAUGCUUAUAAAUGGCUAUGGUACAACAGAAUGCGGGGGAUUAGCCGGUAAUAUGAAAAAUUAUAAGAACAAUUCGGUGGCUAGGAUCCUGCCGGAAAUACAAACAAAAAUACUAGAUCAACAAACUGGUGAAAAGUUAGCACACAAUCAAGUUGGUGAAAUUUAUAUGCGUACGUCAAGCAAAUGGAGUGGUUACUAUGGAGAUGUGAAAGCGACUGAAGCUGUCUUAGACGUUGAUGGUUGGGUACGAACUGGAGACUUGGGUUAUAUGGAUGAAGAAAACUAUUUAUAUUUGCUUGAUCGUUGCAAGGAUAUUUUUAAAUACAAGGGCAGACAAUAUUCUCCACAUGAAAUCGAAGAAACUAUACAAGAAUUAUCAGAUGUAUUGGAUGCGUGUGUUUUUGCUGUUUAUGAUGAUGAGUUCAAUGAUUUAGCGGCAGCAGCAGUUGUGAAGAAACCUGGUAGUAACCUAACGGAGGAUGAUGUUGUUAAGUAUGUAAAGCAACAUCAAGAAAAUGAAUGGAAGCACCUGAAUUACGGAGUGUUUUUUGUCGAUGAAAUAUCCAGAAAUGCUAAUGGUAAAGUUUUAAGAAAUAAAAUGAAGGAAUAUUGCUUAAGUUCUAAAUAAAUAAAA